AUGCACUUGUCAAACCAUGCACCAGGUGGGCGUGGCGGUGCCAAGCAGAGCAAGGCCACCAAGGAGGAGCUGGAUGCCGACCUGGACGCCUACUUCCUCAAGGAUGGCAAGACAGCUGCCCAGAAAUUGAACUCAGACCUCGACGACUACUGGUCCAAGAAGCCGGCUACCGCCACGGAGGAGGAGGCCGCCCCCGCUGCUGCAGAGGAGGCCCUCCCCGUGGAGGAGGAUAAGGUCCCCGCCGAAUAG